AUGUACCAUUACGAGGGUUUUCCUCGCCACGAUCCCUGCUCUUUCAUUACCGCUCGUUCUCUUGCGCACCUGCUCCAACCCGAAACAGACAGAAACAAAAUAACGCAUCAUAUCAUAUCUGACAAAUUACAUUUUGCGCAGUUCUUCACGAGUCCUCAGAUCAACAGAACGACAGGAACAACCUUGUUGUUUUCUCGCCAAGCUUUUUCUUUGGACAAAGCGAUCCGUGAUUCUUUCGCGAAUUGCUCUUGCCACACGCUGGAUCGACAAGUGUCGCAUACAGCAUUGUCCGACACACCCCUCCUGCGUUUGGAUACCUAA